AUGGGAGUUGUAGUGUCUGGGUGAACACCGUCGUUUUCCUGGUUACGUCACAUGUUUUUGUGGUUAGCGGGCUAGCCUAGCUGAGCAGAGCUUUGGAGACAUCCUCAGUAAAUACAGAGCCCUUUGCUUAGAGGAGAGCCAGCGUGCAACAUGUCGUACGUCUUUGUAAACGAUUCUCUUCAGACCACCAUGCCUCUGCUGCAGGCCUGUAUUGAUGGUGACUUGGGCUUCACCAAGCGCCUCUUGGAGUCUGGCUUCGAUCCCAAUGCUCGAGACUGCCGUGGACGGACUGGACUGCACCUGGCUGCAGCUCGGGGCAAUGUGGAUAUUUGUCGUCUGCUCCAUAAAUUUGGAGCUGACCUCCUAGCCACUGAUGCACAGGGAAAUACUGCCCUGCAUAUGUGUGGCCAUGUUGACACCAUCCAGUUUCUGGUGUCCAAUGGACUCAAGAUCGAUAUCUGUAAUCACAAUGGAGCAACUCCACUGGUGCUGGCCAAGAGGCGUGGUGUGAACAAAGAUGCGCUUCGUCUGCUGGAGGGGCUGGAGGAGCAGGAGGUGAAGGGCUUCAACCGCAGCUCCCAUUCCAGCUUAGAGAAGAUGCACAUUGCAGAGAAUGAGAGUGCCAUGGAAAGCCACUCGCUCCUGAACCCCCAUGCAUACGACGGCGAUGGGGUGCUUUCAAGUUUCCGCACUACAUGGCAGGAGUUUGUGGAGGACCUUGGCUUCUGGAGGGUUCUGCUGCUCUUACUGGUCAUUGCGCUGCUUUCAUUGGGCAUUGCUUACUAUGUCAGUGGAGUCUUGCCUUUUACUUCUAACCAACUGGAACUGGUGCAUUAAUAUCCCCUAAGCAGUAUUGAGUUAAUGCAUACCUAUGACGUUGACUGAAUUGGUUAUUCAUUUCAAGGAACUUCUCAAAACAUUAACCCCAAGUUGUGCAAAUGCCUUUAUAAUUAUUUUAUUGUUUAAAAAUUGUAAAUCUUUGUAAAUAUAAGAGAGUCUGAUGUCCAAGUGCAACAAAGCUGUUACCUUGUGUUGCUACUAUAUUGCACUCAUUCCAAGUAAUGUUUAAAGUUAAUAUCUAACAUGUAAAAGGAUGCAACUCUUUGCAUUUUCACACGUGUCUGUUUUUCUGUCCAAUGCUUGUAAAAAAAUGUAAAUGAUCAUGAAAAUGUUUUUUUCUGAACGUAUUUACAAUGUGUUAUUCAGCUGGUAAAGUCACAGUUUUGCUUUGUAUUAUACACAUUUCUGAAUUUACCACA